GUGACUGCGGCGUAGGGCAGGAGGGCGUGCCAGCUGGAGCUAUAUAAGGACCCCGCCCGCCGGCGGGACAGCAGUGUCCCAACUGAUCACAGCCGAGGUGCUACACUUCCGUCCUCUCCUUCACCUCAGCAAAGAUGUUCUCGAGAGUGAAGGCUUGGUGGAUGGUGGUGGUGUGGGCGUGCGGGUGCUGGGGCCAGGAGAGCUUCACGCCCUACGAGCGAGGACCCUACAGCACCACCAGGGUGGAGGUGGGCUCCCUGCUCACAGUGGGUCUGGACGAGAACCUGGACGUGUGGGUGCCCACUGACGCCGGCACCUACAGUGUCUUCUAUUUCCUGGACGGCUUCGGCGGCGCCAUCCCCGGGAUCGCUUACGACCAGACGAUGGCGCACAUGGCGUCGCACGGCAUGGCGGUGGUGGUGCUGUGGAAGAUCGCAGCGCCCAUCAACCCGGAGGACAGGCUGCCGCUCUUCACCUCCGUCAUGCUCUGGGCCGAGGACCACCUCGAGAAGAAGCUCCACAACAAGGGCCUCAACGACACUGUUCACCUCGACUUUGACAAUCUUGUUGUUGGUGGCCACUCAGCCGGUGCCCAUGUGCAGGUGGAGUACCUGAAAACCACCUGUGGCAAGUUCAAGGGUCAGGUGUUUAUGAGUCCCGUCGACGGCCUGCUGGAGUUCUGCAUCACCCCGGGCGUCGCCCUUAACUACGUCAUCCCGACGCUCCACCUGGCGGCCGGCCUCGAUAACGUCCCAGGGGUGAGCGGGUACCCGUGCGCCCCAGAUGAAAUCAGCAAUGAUCGGUUCUACGAGGCUAUGGACCCGUCGUCUCAGCGCUGGUCCAUCAACGCCACCAAAUUUGGCCACGGGGACUUCCUCGACCCCCUGUACCAGGAGGCCCUCGAGGUGCUGGAGUUCUGUGGCUACAAUCAGGACGCCACGCCUGAAGAAUUUGAAGCUUAUAGACGCUACGUCGCUGGUCAGACUGUGACCUUCGUUAAAGCGCUGUUCUCGGAGGGUGACUGCGCCCAGUAUCUACCCUACCUCGAGGAUACCACCCGGAUGAUUGUGGAUACUGUAGAACAGCACCAGAACCCUGUUGGUGGAUGCCCCGUGGCUGGCUGUUCCUGGACCCCCCUACCAUCACCCCCCACCACCACCCACCCCUCUGUCACUACAUCCACCUUCCAGUAGAUUAUGUCCAUCUUCAAGUAGAUUAUGUCCAUCUUCCAGUAGAUUAUGUCCAUCUUCCAGUAGAUUAUGUCCAUCUUCCAGUAGAUUAUGUCCAUCUUCCAGUAGAUUAUAUCCAUCUUCCAGUAGAUUAUGUCCACCUUCAAGUAGAUUAUGUCCAUCUUCCAGUAGAUUAUGUCCACCUUCCAGUAGAUUAUGUCCACCUUCCAGUAGAUUAUGUCCACCUUCAAGUAGAUUAUGUCCAUCUUCCAGUAGAUUAUGUCCAUCUUCCAGUAGAUUAUGCCCACCUUCCAGUAGAUUAUGUCCACCUUCCAGUAGAUUAUGUCCACCUUCAAGUAGAUUAUGUCCAUCUUCCAGUAGAUUAUGUCCAUCUUCCAGUAGAUUAUGUCCAUCUUCCAGUAGAUUCUGUCCACCUUCCAGUAGAUUAUGUCCAUCUUCCAGUAGAUUAUGUCCAUCUUCCAGUAGAUUAUGUUCAUGUUCAAAUAGAUGUCAUCCAUCAUCCUGUUGAUGUACUUCACAGUCCUAUAUCAUCCUCCACAGCCCCAUUGGCAUGAUGCAAAGCCCCGGGUCCGUUAUCAACCGAGCUAAGACAUCUUUCUCCACCUUGGAGAAAGCCUUAACCGACCACUACCUCCUGGGACGUCUCUAACUCCUCUAAUAUGAUGUGAUAUUAAUAACGUUCUGUUAAUGAUACACAUGUUAUCAUAUUGCAGAAUAACAACAUAUGGAAUAAGAAAUAAUUACUGUAGCGCCUUCAAUAAUCUCACGUCAUCAUCAGUCAAGCUGUUGACGGUGCAACCUGUCCCCCUAGCCAGCCUGUCCUCCUAGCCAACCUGUCCCCCUAGCCAGCCUGUCCUAGCCAACCUGUCCUCCUAGCCAACCUGUCCCCCUAGCCAACCUGUCCUCCUAGCCAACCUGUCUCCCUACAAAUAACGUCGCUUUUCGCUCGUAUGCGUCACAUAAGGCUAAAAAUAGUCGUACUAGAAAACGGAAGCGGCUGGCGAAAGUGACGUAGUGUCCCGUUUUCUGUUUUGGGUCCUCUGGUAGAUUAGAACAAGGGCACUUUAGUACGUCAGUUUCUUGACGUUGGGGAACCUUAGGAAGACGGACUGGACGAUGACCUAAGAAGGUCGACGGCGCUUCAGCAAUGACUUCUUAUUUCAUAUGUGCAUUUUCCGCAUUUGAUAGCUCAACACACAUCGGUGUGUCGUACAGUUUGUUGACACUAUUAAAGAAAAUGGGUGACACACUGGAUGAUGAAAGUCUCCGGGAAUCAAUCAUACAAAAUCAAC